UUCACUUCCUGGAUCCACUCGUUGGUGCCUUAUUGUCCCCUCCCUGCUCCGCAGAUAUUUCGCUUCCGCAGGGCGGGGGCAAUAGGUAGAGCAGAGUGGCUCCGCCCCGAAUAAAUUAGGGAGUGGGGUGUCUCGCUUUCCUCACCAUCUCUGGUACACUGCAGUGUACAUUUUCCAUCUGCACACUUCCAUCUUCAUUGCUUCAGCAAAUCUGUGCUGCAAGUGAAGGCUGUGAGAGUGAAUGCAGGAGUGAAAUAGCAAUGGCCAGCUUUAAAUUUAUAAUACACGUGAGAUGAAGGAACUACCGAGAACGAAGAAACAAAUAUGAGUUAAAACGUCAAAUAUCAAACGAAUGGGCUGCUAAGAAACUCAAGUGGUGACAGUUUGUAUCUGAGAACCCAGGCCAUCCACAAGACUUGUUCAGUGGGUCAAGAUGCCGAUUCCUCCCCCUCCCCCUCCACCCCCUGGAGGCCCCCCUCCACCCCCCACCUUCAGCCAGGGCAACACCACCCCACCCAAGCUCAAUCGAGAUGAGGCCAAAGGCAGAGGAGCCCUGCUCGGUGACAUCCACAAAGGGGCCAAGCUGAAGAAGGUCGGCGUGGUCAAUGACAGGAGCGCACCGAUCUUAGAAAAGCCUAAAGGUGGUGGUGGUGGUAGUAGUGGAGGAGGCUCGUCAGGGGCCAUUCAGCCAAUGGGAGGGCUUUUCCAGGCAGGUGUGCCUAAAUUACGACCAGUCGGAGAUGGUUCGGUUGGCAGGUCAUCCCUGACGCCUCCUGGCACGCGCCCCGCCGCUCCUCGUCCUCCUGUUCGCCAGGACAGCACAGAAUGCUCAGCCCAGCAGGCCUCUCCCCCGGAGCACUCCCGAUCCCAGAGGCCCUCCCUCCCCGACCUCUCCCGCCCUCUCAGCGGAGGCAGCCCAAACAGUGGCAUGAAGCACAGCUCCUCCGCCCCUCCACCUCCUCCCCCUUUUUCUCGCCGGGGUAAUGCACCCCCUGCACCGACUCAGAAGGCGCCACCACCCGCCCCCUCCUACAACCGGGAGAAGCCCCUCCCUCCCACGCCAGGACAGAGGGGGACUUCCCCAGUGCCGGCCCGCAACAGCGCCCCUCCUCUGCCUCCUUCUCCCAACAUCAACCGGCGGCCCCCGACGUCAGGGGGCUCCUCAGCUUCCUCCUCUUCCUCCUCUCUGGGUCCACCUCCUCCCCCGUACCGCCAGCCCAUGACCAACGGCCCCUCCAGCCCGGUUAACGAAGCCGCCCCGGAGCUACCUCAGAGACACAACUCCCUCAGCAAGAAGCCGUCGCCCGGACCUGGACUCACUCCAACCCGGGGGCAAGCUCCACCCCCGCCGCCCUCCCCCUCCCCGCCAGGCGGACGCCCCCCCCCUCCAGUCCGUGAGCCCCCCGGCAGAGGGGCAGCUCCACCCCCACCUGGGUCGACUCAACGAAACGGUGGUCGGGAUGCUCCCCCUCCACCCCCCUACAGAGGUAGCCCCUCAGAACCUCAUAGCCGUGGCAAGCCCCCCCCUCCUCCCUCCCGUACCCCUGUCGGACCCCCGCCCCCUCCCCCACCUAUCCGCAAUGGACACACCUCCAUUUCCCGCUCCUUCGUAGAUGACUUUGAGUCCAAGUAUUCUUUCCACCCUCUGGAUGACUUCCCUGCUCCAGAGGAGUACCGGCACUUCACCAAGAUCUACCCCAGCAAAGCCAACAGAGUGAUGAGGGGAGCUCCUCCUGCACCGCCUGUGGGAAGGUGAACACUGUGAGACCACUUCACUUCUACUGUACAGGAGACAAGGGUUAUACACACACACACACACACACACACACACACACACACACUACUUUCUCACAUAGAACCUACAGCAUAUAACAUAUACCGACAUGCUUCUCAUUUGAUAACAUUCCAUUUCACUUAAGCUCCAUAACCAUUCACUCACACGCUCGCCCUUGAGAAUAGCCCAGGAAUUUAUGCAAUGGCAGUCAUGCUCGAUUUUGAAGGUGGAGUUGGCAGCUUACUUAUGCCAUUCCCAGCCUGUGUCCUCGCGGGUGAACUUGCCCUGGUUUGUCACAAAGGCAUUACUUACCCAUUGAUGGUGUUUCUAGGCGUGUGUGUGUGUGUGUGUGUGUGUGGGUGGGUGGGGAACACUUUGACACAGGUAUGAAAGACAUUCACUCCCAUACCACACAGACUGUUGCGAUUGUCAAAAUGGAGAAAAUAAAAUGUUCUCCACGUCAGAGUAUAUGCACUGUGAGAGCCCACAUCACCAUGAAACCGGAGUGACACCAGUGACUGUACAGCCUGGCUCUAAGUGUCUGAAGGUGAUUGACUUUUUUGGGACCACUGCACCCCUUGCUGAUGUAGGGAACUGCUACUGUUUGAAAGUUCUCUCAGGUAUACGGUUUGUGGAACAGAGGACGGGAGAUGACGAAGAUGAUAUUGGAAAGGCAUUAUUAGAUAAGAGAUUCUCUCCAAAAGUGCCAACUGAGUCGGACCUGAACUGGGAACAGCACAUAUUCCCCCCCAUCCUUUUCUCCCUGCUGCAAGGCUGUCGUGGUUUCCCUUAUGAACGGUGGAAUGGACUGAUCAAAGCAAUAGUUUCAUAUGUUCUCUGUGGUUGUUGUCAGUAAUCAACACCUGUGACAGUGGCGAUCGUUGGUUUGUGAAAAAGUCUUCCUGUUUAGAAUGAUGAUGCACAUGUAUGGGAUGUUGCAGCAAUCUCUCCCUCCAUUCCUCUACGCAGAAGAAAAGACAAACCAGAUAGAUGCAUGUUGUCUUUCUUUUCAGCUUGUCUGUCUUGACAAAAUGCAUGAGGGUGAUCUUGUUAGUUGUCCUAAAUGCACAGCAGAAAGUUAUUAUGCCUUCUAACACUAGUCUGGGUCACUGAAUCCAUUUCACGACAACUAACUCAUACGAACACUACAACCCUCACUAGUUUAAUGACCGAGCCUUUCAAAUGCAUUGCAUGCUACAGGAUGCUGAACCAGUUCGUUGACACUAAAAUACUCAACCCGAACCCAGGCAAUGAGUCGGAAGCAAUCCAAGCAUUUAUUGUUCAAAAUUGAUAGAAAGAAAUUAUGUUGAGGGGAAAGUAAAUGUAUGCUUGCAAAUACAAACCUUUUCCUGGAACUCAGCAGGAUAAGGUUUGUUGAUACCCACAAAAGCCACGUGGUGGCAGUAUUUGAUGAUUUUCCAUAGGGAGACAUGGGACCUACAGCUCGUGAUGCAGUACUCCUACAAUUUGUCUUUAUAUUUUUUUAAAACAUACAAAGUGUUAUUAUGGAUUUGGCCAAUGUUGAGCGAGAGGGCAGUACAGACCUGUAUGUCUGUCUGUAACAAUUUUGAGAUGUUCUGCUGAGGGUCGAAUGGACAAACCAAUGACAACCGUCAUGUUGUUCAACUCAAUCAUAGUUGUCUACGUUCUGUCUUUUGAAAGAAAAAAAUCUAAUGUAGUCCUUACAUUUCUUUGCUUAAUGCACUUGUGACCACAAGCCUGAAACAAAUGCACGUUGUUACACAGGGAGGUGAACCUUUAAGUCUGGUACCUGUCAUUUUGUUCCUAUUGUGUGGGGUUAGUCUUGUUCCUUAUUUUUAAAACGGCCCUGCACCGUGACCGAACCCCCUUAAACUGUCACUCACUAUUCACUUUUUAUUUCAACCAUUUGCUGGUCUUUUGCCUUAUUAUUCACUGUUGGAGUCAAUUCAGGAUUUGUAAAAAAAAAUAUAUAAAAAAAAUAAUAACCUAAUCUAAGUUUAUACACCUCAUAUGGGUUAUACGGUAGUCAUGGCUAUUGUUCUACUUUUAAAAUGUAUAAAGCUUGUAAUAUAGUGAAUUAAACGGGGAUGGAUAACGGCAGGCUUUUGUCAGAAUCCAGCGACAAACUGUUAGUCAUCUGCCUUCAGUCCCCCUUUAGAUAUUCCCUCUCUGUGUCACAGAGGGCCUGUGUGACCAUUCAACAGGAGCAGUAUGUACUCACAUUGAGAGAACCUCCUUGUUCGUGUCUUCUUCUCAUCCCCCAUUUCAUACUUUCAUACUUAGCUUCAUCCAGGCCCUGGUUCCUUCUGUACAUGUCACCCUUCUGCGUCAGACAUGUUGUACCAAUUCAAUUAAAAUGUCAGUGAUGGAGAAAAAAAA